AUGUCGUCACCUUCGUCUUCCGGUUCAGGCAAACGCAAGCGGCAUAUGACGCUGGAGCAAGCACCUGACCGAUCCACACCUACUGACCUACUGCAGCCCUCUUCGCGGGACGCGUCUGGUGAAGACGCUACAGAUUCGGCUGUGCAGAGCAUUUCAUCUGGCAUAAAGCACAAAAAGAGUGACCUGAAUGCCGUUCCUAACAAGCGUCUUCGAACAAAGUCCACUGCCGCAGGAAGCCCGAGCAAUAGCGCUUCAGAUGGCGAAAGCAGCGCAGACGCCGAGGGAAAAGAGGGUGCAGAUUCUGAAGACGAGAGGACAAGAGGCAGGGCUAGAAGUUCUUCGACGAAGACUAAGAGCCUUUCGAAGAGCGAAGACUCUUUGGCAAUGCCACCGCCACCUAAAGGUGUACUACAGGAUCCAGUAGGCUACAAAACGAACCCUCCUCCCACUGGACGGCCUGUUAGAAUCUAUGCUGACGGGGUCUUCGAUCUCUUUCACCUUGGGCACAUGCGCCAGCUAGAACAAGCGAAAAACGCCUUCCCCGAUGUGUUUCUUCUGGUUGGAGUAACCGGAGACAUGGAAACACACAAGCGUAAAGGCCUGACGGUCUUGACUGGUGCAGAACGAGCAGAGACCGUCCGACAUUGUAAGUGGGUGGACGAAGUCAUUCCGAAUUGCCCGUGGCUCGUGACUCCAGACUUUCUUGAGAAGCACCAAAUCGAUUUCGUCGCUCACGAUGAUCUGCCAUAUGGCGCUGAUGAGGGUGAUGACAUCUAUGCACCUAUUAAGAAGGCGGGUAAAUUUCUUGUGACCCAGAGAACAGAAGGCGUUAGCACUACAGGCAUCAUUACAAAAAUCGUCCGUGACUACGAGAAAUACAUUGCUCGCCAGUUCAAACGUGGCACAUCCCGUCAAGAACUCAACGUCUCGUGGUUGAAGAAAAACGAAUUGGACUUGAAACGCCAUGUCAUCGAGCUCCGUGAUAGUGUCCGUAACAAUUGGUCUACCACUGGCCAAGAGCUCACAAAGGAGCUCCGGCAGUAUUGGAGAAGUAGGCCCUCAAGUCCUGCAAGGACCAGUGGAUUCUCCGAACAAGCAGCUCCAAAAUCUCCCUCUGCCUUAGCUCACAUGGCACAUUUAGAUAUUCCGAGGCCGGAUAGUCCAAAUCAGGGCAAUAGGCCUAGUAAUGACUUCGCGGCUGGCUAUAGCUUAGGCUUGAUUGGGGGAGUCAAGUCCUGGAUGACACGAAGCCGAAUUUCACUUCGAGGUAGCCAGCCCGGUAGUGGCGAGAGUGAGGAUGAUAGCUCUGACAACAAGAGCCCUAUAGAAGAGAAGCCGGCCAGCGUCAAAGGCUUCACAGAGGCACUGGACGCGAUGGAUUCUAGGCCAUAG